AGACGGCGAUUUUUGGAGACUCGAGGCCGACUGCGAUACUCGCCUGUACAUCCGGGGUUGCUAUAUCUGUACAAAGCCGACAUAUCUCGCUGCAACGCCUCGUCUGAAGCCAAACCUUGCAUGAAUCUUCGCGCUCCGACGCUUGUUGCCAUCUCACAUUACCGACAAAGCGUGUUCUGGAAGAUCCUCUCAUUUAUCUACUACGGCGCAUCUUUAUCUUGAACUCGGCGUUGAACGCUGCCCUUGCGCUUCGACAUGAUGUCCUGGAUGGGCCCUCAGCAGUAUCAAACCUGGCAUGGGCGCAGCGCACCUACUGGCUGGUCGGGCAGCUGGCCUCCCUCCGCGCCGAUGCCUAAUCCGCCGCCUCAGCCCCCUGGUGUCGAUCCCCGAGCUUGGACAGGAGGUCAAUGGCAAUGGAACCCUAUGUUUCGAGGCAACCCUACGGUCCAAGCAACACUGUGGGCUCCUCACCCGAGCUGGGGCGUUCCUGCGGCUGCAGCACCGGCUUAUAACCCAUACAAGCGUAUACCGAACCCUGGCGAUGCAGCAUACUACGCGACUGAGCUGAAGAAGAAUCCCCUUGGUCUCGAGAAUAUGUGGACGGUGGAGGAGCUGGAGAAGAUGUCGAAAGAGGUGGAGGAGAGAGAAGGGGCGAAGCAACGGAGCAAAGACGAUGGCGCGCCUCAAACACCGUGGCUAUGGGUGCCCAAGGAGCUCAGUAAGUCAGACGAUCGCCCUGAGGAGCAGCCAGAUAUCGGUAAUGGACUUGGUGUCCGAGACUCACAGAAUUCCUCCCAAACGCAUCAGCAUCAUCACCAUUCAAGCAAGCAGCCCCAACCUGCGUCGGCUGGUAUAAGUGCGCAACAGAUGCAAGAGCAACAGCAACGAGCCCACCGACACCAUCACCAUCGUAGUCCAACUCAUCGUACUGCCAGUCAGAACAUAUAUCCUUCUUCCGAUGCGGAAGGUACGCGGACUCUUCGACGCUCACGCACGGAGUCGCUGGUCCAAAGUUCCAUGCAGCCGUCCUCCGCCCCCGCGGCGGUGUCUGUCUUCUCGCAAUAUUACCAACAACAACAACAACAGCGCCAACAGCAACAGCAACCACGUCAGCAGGAGUCCCAGACGCAGUCGGCAAUACCGAACCCUCCUCGCACUCCAACUCAAGUCUCUACAGCAUCCGCGCAGGCUCUCGCGCCGUCGGCUGUGUCGCCCAAGCCUCCGCGCACUCCGACUCACGUCUCCACAGCCUCAUCCCAGACUCGUUCUGACGGAGGUAGUGCAGACUCCGUGUUCAAUUCACAGCAACAGCUGAAACCGACAUUUUCCGCGAACAUCAUUCGCACGCCCCAGCACUAUAUCGGUGCGGGAUCAUCUUCUGCAUCCGCAACUGCAGGUGCAGCCACGCCCACUCGACGUCCUACUCGGGAGGGUUCUAGGGACGACACUACCACGCGACCCUCGUCUCUUUCGUCACCACCACGUCAUACAAGAGCAUCCUCCAGAGCUCGAAAUGCCUUGAUAGACACUGAUACGGAGACCGACGACGAGUCGCCGGCUCGCCCUCAUGCUCAUGGGCCGAUCUAUGGUCCCCCCACACCAUCUCCAUCUGGACCGGCUGAUUCUGGCGUUGCUACACCCUCUCAAGCUUCUCAUAGGGAUUCAUCGGCCCCAUCCAUUGGCAGCACUCUAUUGUCCAUGACCCUGUUAUCGUCCAUGACCCUGGAUACACCACCUACCUCCGCCUCGUCUGGCGUAUUCUUAUCCAGCUUCACUGAUGAGCCUACUGGCAUUCUGAGCCCUCUCAUCGUAGCUAGCGUACCUGCUCCAUGUAAAUCGAGCCCCAGUCCGCGCGAAAUGAGUCGUAGCCACACAUACCCACUUGUUGCCACCUCCUCACAGUCGCCACCGAGCAGUAUUCCUGUGAUACCAGAGGAAAGUCCCUCGGCCUCUCUGUCCCGUGCACCGUCCAGGUCGUCCAAGACCCCGAAGCGGUCGCCCUCUACACAUGCACGCGCUCCCGGGCGUAGCCGCACCUACCCGUCUCUGGACCCUACGGUAUCUGGGGAACCUGCUGUCAUACCACCCAUGCCCUCACCGACAUACAUGCCGCCUGUCGUGCCGUCACGCGUACCUUCGCCCUCGCCAAAUAAGAAUCCUUUACCCCCGCCGCCGAUGCCCGCUGCAUACGUCUCCUCUGCGUCAUCGUCCGCUUCUGCUGCUGCCGCGGCGAGUCAGGCUAGCCAAGAAUACAACCGACAGCGAGCACAGUCGCGGGCGCAGUCAUCGUCUCGGCCUCCAAGCGACUCAUAUCAAAGCCACCAGUCUCAAACUUCUUCCCACCAGACCUCGCACCAACCCAUUCACCAAUCUUCUCACCAGAAUUCUCGUUCUUCUUCCCAACAAGCCUCGCCGCGCCGCCGCCAGGUACGCUACGGUUAUUGGAACCGGCGCGGAGACCAUCUGCUCAUGAUCUCCGACUCGCCAUCGCUCCCGUCGCCACGAAGCGCGCACAAGGCUCAGCAGUUCGUCGUGUAUGCGCCGCCAUCCUAUGCGAUGCCAGAGGAGCUCGCGCACUACCCGCAUGCACUCGAGGGCUGGAUGAAUCACCGCGGCGAGACGCUGCCGUACGACCGGAACGUGCCAGAGUUCCCCGACAGCCUGCCGGUCCGUGGCGAGGACCCGAGGAAGCCCUACAAGACGUUCAUAAAGUAUACCUAUAUUUGAGGCCCCGGCGGCUGACAUGUAAGUUGAGUGUACGCGCUGCUGGUAUUCAUUCGUUAUCUGCCUGUAUAUUACGGAAUAUGUAUGCAUUCCCUGAAAGCAUCCGACCGUUCCGUGCAUUAUUACUGCAACCGUCCGCUUAGAUACAAUAAGUUAGCGGCGAUGACUGGUACAGUACAACAAUGUCCUCAUUGUGUGCAUUCGAUCUCCAAGAUGUUCCGCCUCCUCAGCCCGGGCAGCUGAUCCCCAACGCGCUGGCGUAUCUUCGAAAGCUCUGGCUCCGUGAGCACACAUGUGAAUUUGAGCUCGAGCCGCAAGCUCCGCAGGCCCUUCGCCCGCGCUGCCGCACGCUGCAUUUCGUCCACGCUCAUUCCCGCGUCAUCUACGGGCUCUGCGAACGCAUCGAGGAAGCCAACAUCAAAGAAGCGGAGCCAGCGCAGGUUCUCGUGCUCGCCGGGAACGACAAUGCGCAAGCGGAGACUGUGGAAGCGCGGCGAGUGUACGGCGGCGAGGAACGCACCCGCGAACGAGGCGUCCUGCUCGGCACGCGGCGUGUCGAAAUACCAAAGCGGGUCGCUCCAGUAAAAGUGCAGCAGCGCACUCUCGAGCGCGGUGUUUCGCGAGAGGUCGAGAUUGCGCAUGAGGUUAGAAAUCGGACGCAGCCCGGAGGAGAGGCUCACUAUCCGGAUUGACAGGUCCUUGAGAGAUGGGCCCGCCAUCGCAAGGAUCUCACGCGCUAUUCGACCGGGUGCAGGUCGCACGGAUAGGUGAAUGAACCCUAGUGGAAGAUGUACAAGACUUGAUCUCGAUGAUACAGUCCCUUCUGCUGAAUUGUCGGUUGCAAAGUAGUUCACGGAAGUAAGAGGAAUCGAAAUACUCGAUAGGCUUCGCAGGCUACGCAGAAUGGAGAGCAGCUCGUCGCCCGAACGAAACGCGACAUUCUCAAGGCGCAACUCUUUCAGCGCAGGAAAGUGCGGGAACUGCUCUGACGAGAUGUCGCGCGUGAUGUGCCCGUACGAGAUGCUGAGAUGAAGACGCUCGACAUGCCCUAGCUUGACGAGCACUGAGUUGGUUACUUCGUUCCAUAGGCCGUCGCGCACGACAACGCAAUGUAUACAUCGCGCGACCUGGGGAGCAGCGCGCAACUUGUAUGGGUCGGGUCCCCCGCGACGGACUAUGAGCGUGCGAUAGAGAUGAUACCGUGUGCGGGGAAGCCAAACACGACUCGUCAGCGCACACACUCUCAGCGUACGCUUGUCGUUGGCAAGAUGGUCGAUGAUAUGUUCAAUGAUUUCGACUGGAAUGCUGCGCCUAACAAGCUCCCACUCGCCGCUGGUGUCCUCUUUCCGCUUUCCCUUCCGUCGCUGUCUGUCUUUCCUUGAGGAGUACGAUGACGACGUCCCUGAGGUGCUG